CCGUCUGAUAUUCCAGACAUGCGCAUUACAAACUGCAAUCUGACCACAAAAUCGGGAGAGAACUACAGAGCAGGCAGGACCGCAAUGGGACGAGGGUGAUUUUAUCAAAUCUAUCAAAAAUCGCUGACAAGAUGUCCGACGCGAGUAGAAACCCCCAAUCGAUACGCAUCUGGACUUAUUGAAGUGGAUCCGAUACACACAGAACCUGCAGAACUCCCAAAAGUCAAUACUUUUUCCAAGGGGAGGAAGUUUGUUGUGUCGAAGGAAAUAUAAUAGCCCGGUAAGGCAGGGAGAGACUGCGGAAAGCGGCCAGAACAGGGGACAGUCAGAAUACAAACCCACCCACCCAGUCAGCCAUGGAGGAGUUUGGGUCAGCGUUGGAGAAGAAUGUGGCCGAUUUAACAGUUAUGGACGUGUAUGACAUAGCCGCGGUGGUGGGUCAGGAGUUUGAGCGGAUCAUUGAUCAGUAUGGAUGUGAGGCUCUGUCCAGGCUCAUGCCAAAAGUGGUGCGGGUGCUGGAGAUCCUGGAGGUGAUGGUCAGUAGGAACAGCGUCAGCCCGGAGACCGAGGAGUUGAGGCUGGAGCUGGACAAACUACGGCUGGAGCGGAUGGACCGGAUGGAGAAAGAGAAGAAACACAAGAAGGAGUUGGAGCUGGUAGAGGAUGUAUGGAGAGGGGAGGCCCAGGACCUUUUGUCUCAAAUCGCUCAGCUUCAGGAAGAGAACAAGACACUCCUCACUAACAUGUCCAUCAAAGACCCCAUGAGUGAAGAGGACCUACAGAGGCACGAAGGUAUGUCGGAGCGGGAGCGUCAGGUGAUGAAGAAGCUGAAGGAGGUGGUGGACAAGCAGAGAGACGAGAUCCGAGCCAAAGACCGUGAGCUCACGCUCAAGAACGAGGACGUUGAGGCACUCCAGCAGCAGCAGUCUCGUCUGAUGAAGAUAAACCAUGACCUGCGCCAUAAGAUCUCCGUGGUGGAAGCUCAGGGGAAAGCCCUCAUCGAGCAGAAGGUGGAACUGGAGGCGGGAGCUCAGGCACGUGUACAGGAAAUGGGAGCACUCCGGCAGGAAGUGACACGUUUAAGGGAGCGCCUGCAAGGAGACACGCCUCAGGGUCUAGAGGAGCCUCCUCCCCAGCCCCCCUCCCCCGCACAGCCUGGUAGCCCCUGCUCCUCAGAGGUGGGGGCUCAGGGUGUGGGCUGGCCAGAACCAGACAGACACUACCACCCUGAGCUGCUGUUGGGGGGGUACGAUCCCGCCCCGCGCCUCCCGUCCCUGGAUGACGAUGAUGAGGAUGUAGAGGAAGAGGCAGUGUUGCUAUGGGAGGCGAUGUGUGAUGAGGACACACCUGCUCUGUUCCAACACUUUACCAAGGAGGCGCUAUGUGAUGAGGAGGGGGGAGGCCUGGACCAGAAGGAUCCCAACAGGCCCCGGUUCACACUGCAGGAGCUGAGAGACGUUCUGCAUGAGAGGAACGAGCUUAAGGCCAAAGUGUUCAUGCUGCAGGAGGAGAUCGCCUACUACAAAAGUGAAGAAGAGGCGGAGGAUGAGACCGGCCCCCUUACUCCUUCCCCUUCUCCCGAACAACUGAGGGCACAGCCCCGACUCAAUGCACAGCCUGAGUCAGGAAUCAAACGCCUGUUUAGCUUCUUCUCUCGCGACAAGAGGCGGAUCUCCCAGCGGAAUGCACAGUUUGAUGACAGCUUCAGCUCGUGGGCGGGGAAGGAUGAGGUGUACACAGAACAGGCCCAGGAGGCUUUGCAGCACAUAUAGGGCACGUUCCUCUGACCAGGCGUUGUUGACGCCUGCCAGAUCUUACAAGGCCUGGAUAGGUAUUUUAGGUAUCAGCUAACUACAUCAUAUGUUAUAGCAAUCUGUCAGGCGAUUAAAUAGUCAAUGACGUGGUACGCAACCAUUGGUUGAUGCAUGCAACGUCUUAGCAGGAGAAAGUGACCGUAGUGAUUGGACAGCGCUUUAUGAUGAGGUCACUCAGAACCAUCUCACUGUAACGCCCCGCCCAUGCCCACCAUGUGAGCUGCAGCAGCACUUAAGGGACAGUUCUAAAUUUACUGGGGUGGGGAGUUGGUCCAAAAUAGGGGAGGGUUGUCAAACUUAUUUCUUUGCUUUGGGGAGGGUUGUGUGAUUGUUUU